GUUCUGUCUUCCCAAUUUCCCCAGGUGAGCAUGCCGGAGAGCCUACGAGACCCAGAGCAUCCCGUCGCAAACGGCGACGGCCGUCCACGCGCCCCCAGGAAGAGAUUCGUGGGCAGAAGGACGGCAGAAUCUCAAGCGCAAAGAGACGGGAAUAAUAGUGCAGACCCGCAUACAAAUGCUAUUCAAUCAGCUCAACCCCGCCGCGGACCCCGCGCGGUGAACCAGAUUCCCGCCGAGAUCUUAGAUAACGAAGAUAUCAAAGCCGCCAUUGCUCUCCUUCCCCGAAAUUACUCCUUCGAGAUUCCCAAGACUAUCCACCGCAUUAGAACCUCCGGCGCAAAGCGUGUCGCGCUACAGUUCCCGGAGGGGCUGCUCCUUUUCGCAACCACCAUCUCAGAUAUCCUAACACAAUUCUGCCCCGGAAUCGAAACCCUGAUUAUGGGAGAUGUUACAUAUGGCGCAUGCUGUAUUGACGACUAUACUGCGAGAGCGCUAGGUUGCGAUUUAUUGGUCCAUUAUGCCCAUAGCUGUUUAAUUCCGGUCGAUGUGACGACCAUCAAGACGCUAUAUAUCUUCGUCGACAUCAGCAUCGACACGGAGCACUUGAUAGCCACACUGGAACGAAACUUCCCCGCUGGUAAGACCAUCGCGGUGGUGGGGACCAUCCAGUUCAACGCUACCCUCCACGGUCUCAAAGCGGUCAUGGAGAAGGCCGGAUUCCGCAUCCUGGUUCCACAGAUCAUGCCCCUGAGCAAAGGUGAGAUCCUGGGGUGUACCUCCCCACAACUUCCAAAGGACGAGGUUGAUAUCCUUCUAUAUCUUGGGGAUGGCCGAUUCCAUCUCGAAUCCGCGAUGAUACAUAAUCCUUCCAUCCCCGCGUACCGUUACGACCCGUAUUCGAGAACGUUAAGUCGCGAGAGAUACGACCACGAGGAGAUGCAAACUAUCCGCAAAGACGCGAUACGGUCGGCUCGAUCGGCAAAGAAAUGGGGAAUUAUCCUGGGCUCCCUUGGCCGGCAAGGCAACCCUAACACGAUGGCCCUGAUCGAGAAACAUCUGAACGAGCAGAGGAUCCCCUUUGUCAACAUUUUACUGAGCGAGAUAUUCCCUGGAAAGCUUGCCACGAUGUCCGAUGUCGAAUGCUGGGUUCAGAUCGCCUGCCCAAGAUUAAGUAUUGAUUGGGGCUAUGCGUUUCCUCGGCCUUUACUUACACCCUAUGAGGCCCUUGUCGCUCUGGGGAUCCGCGAAGGUUGGGAGACAGCUAAUAAUGGCAUCUAUCCAAUGGAUUUUUAUGCUAAAAAUGGUUUGGGAAGGACAAAGCCAGAGACUUCGAUUCCGUCUACUGCGUGA